ACACAUCCACUGCAUACAGCGUUUAGCGAUAGUAGCUUAUACUUUUUGAAGACCAGACAUUAUGUGUCUAAAACUUUAGUGUUGUAAAGUUGUACUGGAAUUAUCGUUUAUUGCAUAGUGUUAUUUGAGUAACUAUACAGUGGCUUACAUUUAGCAUAAUUUAUGCUUAACAUUUAUUGAUUAUAUUUUUUAAAUAUAUUUUCUUUAUAGUCUCAGCUCACUGUUGACAAUGAAGUUGUAUGUAUUGUUGUCUGUUACAUUGCUGUUACAAGUGACAUCGACUUUAGUUUUUGGCGAAGAAGAAAAUAUUACAAGUCAAAAACACCUUAGUGAAAUUGGUGAAGUGUUUCCUAAACCUCCAACUCGACCAUCGCCGACGGUUUUUUGUAUAUGUGUACCAUACCAUUUGUGCAGAAACAAGACGAUUGUUCGCAGGAUAUCAAUAGAUAUUAGACCUAACGAAGAACCGUGUCCUAACUCCUUAGACGUGUGCUGCUACGAUCAAAUAAAACCAAAAGAUACUCCAAAUAUAUCUUACUAUGAACAUCGUACAUUCUGUGGCCAUUGGAACUCUGCUGGCGUAGGAUUAGGAAUAAAUGGACACUCCAAUGACGAUGCACAAUUCGGCGAAUUCCCCUGGAUGAUGGCAAUUCUUAAAUUAGGAGCUAACAAUUCUAAAACUCACCUGUGCGGUGGUUCAUUGAUUCACCCAAAAGUCGUGUUGACAGCAGCCCAUUGCGUGAUUAGCAAAAACCCAAAAGAUCUAGUAAUUCGCGCUGGUGAAUGGGAUUUACAAACGGAAAAUGAACUGUUACCGUCACAAGACCACGAGGUUCUGAAAAUAAUCAAUCAUGAAAAUUUUGACCCUCAUGUAAUUGUGAACGACGUGUCACUGAUCAUUGUCACAAAACCGUUCUUACUCAGAGAAAAUGUUGGUACUCUCUGUUUGCCCAGCCCGAAUUAUGUGUUCGAUAGACAAAGAUGCUAUGCCAGUGGUUGGGGAAAAAAAGUUUUCGGUAAAUUAGCCGCAAAUCAUGUAAUUUUGAAAAAAAUAGAUUUGCCGGUCGUGCCACGUAGUUCGUGCUUGGAACUGUUAAGAAAGACCAGGUUGGGUAUGGAUUAUAUAUUGCCCGAGGGUUUCAUCUGUGCCGGUGGAGAAACAGGCAAAGAUACUUGUCAAGGAGACGGUGGAAAUCCUCUGAUGUGUCCAAUUGAGAAUAGACCCAAACAGUUCCAACAGGCCGGAAUCGUGGCGUGGGGAAUUGGAUGCGGUAACGAGAUACCAGGCAUGUACGUGGAUGUGGCCUUGUUUAGAAACUGGAUCGAUGAGCAGAUGGCUAAGGAAGAGUUGGACACGAGCUACUAUGAUCCUGAUUACUAGGGCUCGGAAGUUGUUGCAUUUGCUUAUUUUUAUUGGGCUAUUCAAUUUAUUUAUUGCUAUGUAAGCUUGAAAUUAUUUUCAAGACACUACAAAACACAUUAAAAUUCUAUAUAGUGCAUAUUUCUGCAUAUUUAUUGAUGUUUUAAUUUUAA